GCGCGAGAAGCGAGUGGGCGGUCUUCAGUCUAGGAGCGGGUAGGGCUCCUCGCCUUCGCUCUCUGGCCGCUUUGAGUCUCCUCUUGGGCUGACGUUAUACGUGGAAGGAAUGCAGCGCGCGUGCGCCUGACGCAGUUGCCCAUGGUAACCGGGAGCCGCGUAGAGGAUGAGCAGUGCCCGAGGGGGGUCGUUCUGCCGGAGCGUUUUGCUUGAUGGUUUGCUGUCAAUUCUGCGUAAAUUGAAGAGUGCACCAGACCAGGAGGUCAGAAUCCUCCUCCUGGGAUUGGAUAAUGCAGGGAAGACCACACUUUUGAAACAACUAGCAUCAGAAGAUAUUACCCACAUCACUCCAACACAGGGAUUUAACAUUAAAAGUGUGCAAGCGCAAGGCUUCAAGCUAAAUGUGUGGGACAUUGGUGGACAGAGGAAGAUCAGGCCGUACUGGAGGAAUUAUUUUGAGAAUACUGAUAUCCUGAUUUAUGUCAUUGACAGUGCAGAUAGAAAGCGAUUUGAAGAAACAGGCCAGGAGCUAGCAGAGCUUGUAGAUGAAGAGAAGCUAAGUGGUGUUCCUGUGCUCAUCUUUGCGAAUAAACAGGAUUUGCUGACAGCAGCCCCUGCUGCAGAAAUUGCAGAAGGCCUGAAUUUGCACACCAUCCGUGACAGAGUGUGGCAGAUUCAGUCUUGUUCAGCCCUCACAGGAGAGGGUGUGUCGGAUGGCAUGAACUGGGUCUGCAGAAAUGUCAAUGCAAAGAAGAAGUAAAUUGAACUGCGUUGUAUGGAAUUGGAGAGGCUCCAAGAGCCAAACACACUAACUGGCUGCUAGUGUCUGACCAAAUAUUUUUCCAUCUGUGUGCAGCUACAGCUGCUAGGAAUGGGAACAGCAGCUAAGUCCACUGCUCAUUUUGGAACCUUCUCUGCUCUCUAGUAUCAUUUCCCCCUUAAAAGCAUUUCCCCACCACACCCCUUUUUCAUAUAAAUAGUAUUAAACGUCUCCAUACUCAUCCAACUGCACAAUGGGAUUUGAAAACAGGAACAGAGUGCAGUCUGGAGUAAAGACUUUCAGUGGCUUCUACAAAGCUAGAAUGAUCAUAGCAAUGUGUAUGGGAGUCUACCUUUCUUCUGAUAUUACUCAGGAUGCUCACCUGGUUCUAUUCAAAGGUUUUCUUGUGAACAAACGAGAACAGCAAAUUCAUGUUAGAAUGUGUGCUUCAAUUUUAAAAUGAUACAUUCCUUUGUAUAAUGCUGCCAGAAUGCUAAUGCACCCUCAUAAAGAGCAUUUAUUUUACAAAUAUGUCCAGGUGUGUAGGCCCUUCUCCCCACAAAGACACAUGUUGUAAGUAGGCUCUUAAAAUCUAAAUGUAAGAAGCAGCAGGGUGCAAGGUAUGCUAUAAUUUAUUGGGGGGGAAGAGUGUCAGGCUACAGUGCAGUAUUGCAUCAAUGGUUGGCACAAAUAGUUUCAAUAAUUUUGGCUCAGUAGGGGCCAAGAGCUCCUUGGCAUUCAGUCUUGUUCCACUGUAUUAAAUCACUCAGCAAGGACUGAGUUUAACAGCAUUGUGGCAGUCAAUUUAGUGCACAGAAUCUUACUGCAAGCAGCUGGUAACAGUUUUCAUAGUCUUGGUAGGGGGAGGCAGAAUGUUUUGAAGCAGGCUUUAAUUCAGUGCACAUGAAGCCUACAAACCACUUAGCUUAUGUGGUUACUUCAGGUAGUCCAAAUAAUGGUAGCCUAGGAGGUUAGCAGGGCCAUUGUGAUUACUCCAUCCAUACCCGUUGUUGCUGCAGCUAUAUGGUGUGGUAGAAUUGGUUUUGCAAGUCUGCACUGUUUCCUACACUUCUAGUUUAGUUGUAAAUUGCUGACUAAAUGUAUGGUAAGCCUGGAUGUGUUUCAAAAGAGAGAGCCUUCAUUUCAGGAAGCAUUUGCUCGAUGAAAGCAAGAGUUUGGGCAAGAUACAGAUUAGUCUCUGACAAGGAAAGCAUUGUGGCAUUUGUCCUAAAUGCAAGAGGAGGAUAUCAUAAUGAGUCUGUAACUUAGUACUAUGUGUUCUUACCAUAUCUUCCCAACACCAGGAUGUGAUGACGUAAGAGACUACUUGUCUGUCAGUCAUGUGUUCAAUUUGUCAAAAUUCAAAGCAGUUUGGUAAAGGUAGCCCUCUGUGUAGUAAUUUUAGCACACAACAUGCAGAUUAUAGCCAGACUUUAUGUCUGAAAAUGUUGUGGCAACUCUAAUGGGAGGGAGUCAACUUGUUUUACUAGAACUCAAACUAUUUGUGUACAUUGUGGGAAACCAGGGAGCAUUAGUUGCUUUCAAACAGUUCCUUGAAACAUUAACACUCACUGUUUUCAUGGAACUUGUAUAUUCCAUAUUAAUACAGACACAACAGAUAUAGUAAUUUUUCAUGCAUCUAGACGUGAGUGUAUUGUACUCUUUGGUGAUUAACAACAGACCUAAAUUCUGGAUUAGAUUGGAUGUAUUAAAUCUGUCUUAGUGACUUCAGGCAGUUUAUACCAGAAAUAGAACCAUGAACAAACACAAGAAUUAAGAAGAGUACUAUAAAGCACUGGUAGCAAUCUCAAUAAGUCAUUUUAAGAACCCAUGAGCAUGAGAGCUAAAAAUAGGUAUUUUUGCAGACUACUGAAAUUUCACUGGAAGCAGAUACUUAUAUUGACAUGAUUCAGUUAGUAAUCUGUGUGUCUAAAAGAAACAUGUCCUCUUUAGAAAGGUCCACUUUAUAAAGGCCACUUUGAAACAGUUGCACUUUUUUCUUCUUUGCACUUGUAAAUUUGGAAAAAUAAUGCAGCUAUUUAGUCCAGAUGUUCGAGAGGCCUGUCUGUUAAUGAACAAAUUAUCUGAAACAGUGGUUCCUAACCUUGGGUCCCCAGAUGUUCUUAGAAUACACUGGUCUGAAAGAUUAUCCCCUCCCAUCAACAGAUAUUGCUCUUUUCAGUUCAGCAAAAUUCAUACUUCAUUUGUUUGACUAAACAAACACACCCACACAUUACUUACCUUAUAGUCUCUGAAGCAAACUGCCCACCCUCAACGUCAAUAUAUGAGCAUAGAUAUAGUUCCGUAAAACUCCAAACUGAAUAUAAAUUGUUCAAAUUUGAUCUUACAUUGUCACUGUAUCUUUUCCUGGGGAUAUUUGUGUGUGAAGAAAAAGGGAUUUCAGUGAUACAUUCACAGCUCAUGAAGCUAGAAGGAGCCACCGUGGUCUAUCAACUUCAAUACACCCAAAAUUCAUACCUCCAUCAGUCUCAGAUCACUUAGAGCUAAUCUGUGUUUUUCUAAGAACUAUAAAAUGGCACCAGCCCAGUGAUCCCAGUGCCAGGAUCUUGUCUCCAACAACAGUCUGUUCUGAGUGGAUGCUCCACAUGCAACAUGGACGAAGUAGGACAGCUAAGAAACAUUCUCCUCCUUCUAUUCGUAACCAAGAGAUAAGACUAUCUUGGGUAGAAGGAUUCAUUUCUUCUGACUGUUUUAGUUAAAGAGCUGUUCUUAAACCAAUCUUCUACUGUAUCUGAUCUUUUGUAUUCUGGUUCUUUUGUCACCCUUAGGAUAUUCCUGGUCAGCAUGGUAUGUACUGUACAGAAAGGGUUUCUGUUACUGAAGUAGCAUAAGGAGCAUUGUGCUAAAUCUUUGGUAACCUAUUUUGCUAGUAAGAUCCCUGUUUUGUAACCAAAAACAAGCUUAUUUCCUAUUUGAAUGUCAUUUUAAGAUGUCUUGAUACAUUUAAAGGUGAGCCAAUGUGGCUGAAGUGACUUGUGUAAUAAUUUAUGUAUUAGAAUGAAAGGGGGCAUGGUUCAGGUGAGGAUUAAUUACUUAAUCUUUUAAUUAUAUAUGACUGGGGCUGUUCCUUAAGCAGACGUUUCUUAUAGCCUCAGUUUUGUUCAGAUGCUUUAUAAAGCCAUAGUUGUAAACUGUAUCCAGUUAGUUCACCUUUUCUGCUUUUCCAUUCUGUCUUACAUUAGGGUACAUCUAGCUUUUAUGAGCUCUUACUUCUUUCCUUUCUGAAGUUAAUGAAAAGGGGGUGGGCUGAUAUUUUGUAAUGUUAAGCCUCAUUGUGUAUGUUUAGAUGUUUGACAGACUUGAAUAAAAUUUGGUAGAAAUGACAA